CAAGAUGUUGUGAUAUUUUAAAAAGCAGUCACUUAGUAGGCUUUCAAAUAAAAAUUUGGUACACAUAUUUCUAACAAAUUGUAAAAAUGUAUAGCUCCUAAAUGUGUCGCAUUUAGCCAAUGGACUUUCAAAGUUUGACAGUAAAGCUUUUGAGACAUAAGAUUACGGAGAUCCUGAUACCUCACAGAUUCCAAUGGAGCGCCAAAAGGAUGCACCAUUUCAAGAACUUGGUUCACACCCUCAGGUUUACCAGCCCCGCCGACAGCGAUACUAUGGAGUACAAAAUGAUAGGACCGGAGCACUGUGACCAGGUGAUCGAGCACCUUCGUCACAACUUCUUUGCCGAUGAGCCACUGAACAAGGCCGCUGGCCUGUGCCAAAAUGGUAGCAGUUGCGCUGCACUUGAAGAUCACUGCGCGGAGGCCAUACAGGAUCGGAUGAGCGUGAUGGCUGUGGACGUAAAAGAUGCGGGAGCCUGCAAAAUAGCAGGCGUUGUCCUAAAUGGCAUCUUGAAACCGGACGACACGGCCAAAGCGCUGGAAAAACUCGACUCAUCUGGCGAUGCAUAUUUCCGGAAGAUCUUCGAGAUGCUGCACAAGCACAAUCUCAAGCACAAUCUCUUCGAGCAUUUCGAUGUGGAGUCCAUGUUUGAUGUGCGCAUACUAUCGGUGGACUCUUGCUAUCGUGGCCAGGGCAUUGCCAAUGAGCUGGUGAAGCGAUCUGUGGCAGUGGCCAGAAAGAACGGCUUCCGUCUGAUGAAAGCCGAUGCCACUGGCAUCUUCUCCCAGAAGAUUUUCCGCUCCAAUGGAUUCGAGGUCUUCUCGGAGCAACCUUACUGCAAAUAUACAGAUGAGAACGGCAAGGUGAUCUUGCCUGUUGAGGCGCCGCACAUCAAGAUGCAGCUCCUCUACAAAGCGAUCUGUGGCGAUGAACAGGAUGAUAAUGCGCAGACGCAUUAAGGAGGCGACUCGUUGUCUCGGAAUUGGAACAAUAAUCUUUUUAUUGGAAUGUAUUCUUAAAAGAAAUAUAUAAAUUAUUUGGGUUCGACACACGGAAAGUAAUCUAAGGAUAGGGGAAGUUUAAUCCCAAUAACUACAUUCACUUGAAAUUUAGAACUUUUUUUAUCGGGAGUGCCACUGAAAUCGCAGGGCGCCCAUUUGGCGUAAGUUUGGCAGGUGCAUCAAUAUAAAUUUUAUACGACUUGGCGUGGAAGUGAUUUCUGUGGCACCCCUGCAUAUUUAAGUUUUGACUUUCCAAGGGCUAUUAUCCCACCAAAGGAUGCUCUGAGACCAGGGGCGUAGCCAGGGGGCUUUAGGGGUUAGCCCCCUCUCACUUUUUACUUGAAAUCCUAUGCAAAACAUUGUGUUAACAAGAAAGGAAGUUUACUUCGGGAAGCCGAAGUUUGUAUACCCUUGCAGCUAUAAUUAUUAAAUUUAAAAAUACAAAAAAUGAUAUUCCCAAUAGUUUAAGAUAAUAUGUUAAAAAACACCG